AACGAUUCAAUGGCGAAACGGACAUCGCUAGUACUAGGUAGGCAGCUCACGGUGUUUUGAAACACAGCCGGUGUCUGAGCAUGUGCUGUUACUGCUGCAGUGGAGUAAAAUAUGUCAGUUAUCACCGGACAGCAGCGAGAGGAGAGAGAGAGACGGGCACAAAUGCACUCUGAGAGGCAACCGGUGCAACGGUUUUCUGUGUAAUUCUUUUGUUUUACACCAAAAUGAGGCCCGGCUCCUCUAGUUCUACAUCGGCGGAAGAAUAAUAAGUAGAUCUUCUGUUGGCUCAGACCAGACGGGAUAGCCUUCGUUGCCCUUGUGCAUCGAUGAGCCUUGGGCACGAUGAACAUCGAUGAACACCCUGUCGCCGGUUUGUGGUUUGUCCCUGCAGACCGGGAGCAACCCACAAGCCUUGCCGUUUCAGAGUACAUGAGUACCACAUCGGCAUCGGCAGCUGAACUCAGUACCGCUCUCCUUGGACUCUGACAGACAGUGUUGAGUGUGGACAUUGAGACUGCCAGUCAGCAGGAGGUGUGACUUAUAGAGUCACUUGGGUUCCCAUGAUGCCCUUGGAGCAAGACACUUAACCUUCAUAUGCUCUCAGCUGACUGUCCCUACAAUUAGCCUCCUCCUAAUAACUCCACACAUCCAAAUAAAAGGAAGAUGAUCACCAUGGCAACCACAGUGACCCCUGAGCCCCUUACUGCCCUCUCUCGGUGGUACCUGUACGCCAUCCACGGUUACUUCUGUGAAGUCAUGUUCACGGCUGCCUGGGAGUUUGUGGUGAACUGCAACUGGAAGUUUCCUGGCGUGACGAGCGUGUGGGCGCUCUUCAUCUACGGAACCUGCAUCCUGAUCGUAGAGCGCAUGUAUCUUUGUCUGCGGGACCGCUGCAAUGUGCUGCUCCGCUGCAUCAUUUACACAUUGUGGACAUACCUGUGGGAGUUUGGCACAGGUUUGCUGCUGCGGCAGUUUAACGCCUGUCCGUGGGACUACUCUGAGUUUAAAUAUAACUUCAUGGGCCUGAUCACGGCAGAGUACGCUGUGCCUUGGUUCUGCGCCUCCUUUAUCGUUGAGCGCCUAGUGAUACGCAAUACGCUCCGGUUGCGCUUUGACGAGCCUGUCGAGCCCGGCCAGGCUGAGGAGCGGUCGGACAGAGGCGGUGGAGGAGGAUCAGGCAGUGGGCAGAGAGGAAGAGGAGCCGGAGCAGGGGCAACCAGCUCAAACGGCUACGUGAAGGUGGAUUGAGGAGGUUUUCAACACCUUCUCACCAUCUCAAACCUCCCUUCACCCAUGACUCUAUCCGCACAUCUCAGCCUCUUUCCCAAAUGCUUCCAGGGAAAGAGUCACUCAGAGACAGUUGCACAACUGUGAGGAACUUUCUGAUUUAUUAUAUAUAUCGUCCAGCAGGCGUGGAGGGACGCUCAUUUGCCACCUUAUCGCUCAACAUUUACUGUCCUCACUUCGGGCGAGUAGCGGUUAAGUUCAAGGUUUGUCAGUAGGAGUGGUGCCUGGUGGCAAAAUGAGAACGAACCCUCCACCUCUCCCACCAUACCUCCCAAACCAGUCCAUCCACUCUGGGAGGGGACAAACAAAAUGACGUGUUCCCUCGUUCCAAAAAAAAAAAUCUGUGAAACCAGGAACGCAGACACAUCACUUGUAGAGAAACGAAAUAUAUAUCAAGUGCUUUUAAAAAAGCAAGUCCUUUUAGAUUAUAAACAGUGUCCAUGAUGUAUAUGUAGUAGCAAAUGCAAAUAACUGUUAGGAUAAGAGCUUACCUUUUGAAUGUUAGUUUGUGCUAUUUAUUAAUAUCUAAAAUGUAGUUAAGAAAUGUCAUGAUAAUAUAUUAAAAAUGUAUUGUGUAUAUAUACUGUAUAACCUAAAGCAAUGCCUUGUACUUGAAUUUGGUGUUUUUUUAUAUUCAUCAAAAAAUUUCAGUGCUUGAGCGUGCAUGAAAGUUGUCUUCCAGGAGAUUUUUUUUUCAUACUGAAACUGAUCUUCGAUGUUGUGUACUAUUUAUUUCCUCCAUUUUUUUGUUGUUUUAUUUUCUCAUGGAGAUGAACACACAAAGGAGUACUGUAUUGUUACAUAUAUAGAGUCCUGGUGCUCAGUACUGAAACCAUGAAAACAUCACAGCAUCCUGUGUUUUCACUGGAGAGAAUGUGUUGUUGUGUGUUUAUGAACUGGUGCUAGAUUCUCAAGGAAUUGUUUUGAGGGAUCUAACAAUGGUCACGAUAAAGGCAUUAAGUAUAGGUUCACUAACCUCAGGUAUGUCAAUGUUAAUUAUUUCACCUUCGUCUCUCAUAUGGCAUUAAAUAAUGGAUGAAAUUGAACAAAAAUAUUGUGGUGAAUUUUUUAAAAUACGAUGACCUUGGUGUUACACGCAUGGUUACAGUUACAGGUUGUGGAUUUGCCAGAAAGUUUUGCUUUACUGUAUUGGUUAUGUUGUUAUUGACCAAACAAAAACUGUAUUAAAACCACCAAUUUUUGAAUGCAA